AUGUCUUACAACGACAACGACAACUCCAACUACGGCGGCAACGACUCGGGCCUCGGCUCUGAGCGCCGAGGACAAGAUUCUUACGGCAGCGGCAACAACGACUCCUCCUACGGAGACAGCCAGCGCACCGGUGGCACGUACGGCGGCGACUCCCUCACCUCCGGGGGGAGGAAUGACAGCGGCCUCGGCGGUUCCACCGGGUCCGACUCGUACGGAACCGGACGCAACACCGGCUCUGACUCCUACGGCUCAGGUGGAGACGGCCUGGGCAGCUCUGGGCGCACCGGCGGGCUGGGCUCCGACUCGUACGGCUCGGGUGGUAACAACGACACCUUUGGCUCGUCUGGCCGUAACACCGACAGUGGCUUUGGCUCCAGCCGCAGGGACGAUGACAACCUAGGCAGCUCCGGUCGCACUGGAGGCAUCGGGUCUGACUCUUAUGGCUCAGGCGGAGACACCCUUGGCAGCUCCGGCCGUACUGGUGGCCUCGGUUCCGACUCUUACGGUUCGGGCGGUAACACCGACAGCGGUUUCGGCUCCAGCCGCCGGGACGACGACAACCUCGGCAGCUCGGGCCGCACUGGAGGCAUCGGGUCUGACUCUUAUGGCUCGGGCGGAGAUACCCUUGGCAGCUCCGGCCGCACCGGCGGCCUGGGUUCCGACUCUUACGGCUCUGGACGUGAUGAUACACUCGGCUCAUCCGGCCGCAACACCGACAGCGGGUUUGGAGGCAGCUCGGACACCACUGGCCUGGGCUCCUCCGACACAUACGGCAGCAGCGGGAACCAGAGCACAUCUCACGGGCGCGACAAUGACGAGUACGGCAGCGGCGGCAGCAGCGGCAAGAAGGACUCUACAUUUGGAAAGAUCCUGGAGAAGGCUGGUGAUGUCCUGAACAACGAGAAGCUGGAGAACAAGGGACGCGAGAAGCGGGAGGGUGCUUCAAACGAUUAUUAG